UUAUUGCAUUUGCACCAUUAUCAGAUUAUAUUGCCACAUGUCUUUCAGUUUCACUUGGCUUGAAUUGUAUUUACCUGCACAUUUUCAAUCAACAUCUGAAUUAAUGUUUAACAACAUUAGCAUUUGCCUUUGUAUGUAUAUAACAAGAACUUCUCCAUAUUUACUUGUAUAUCAAAGCUAGUAUAUAAAGCUACCAUUUGGCACAAACAAUCAUGCCAUGGUCGAAAUCACUGAGAUCAAAUUUUUUUCCCCUUUCUGAUGGUUGAUGUGAACAUUAACUGAAGCUCCUGACCCGUAUCUGGAUGAUUUUAUGGAUUGCACUGCUGCUAUACGAUUGGCUGAUUAGAUGAUCACAUGAAUAAUUAGAGGUGAACAUCAUGCUGCUAAAGAGCUGAACUGGCUGCAUUUAGAUCUGGAUCUCUGCGCCGUUACAGCCCUGAGAGGGAGUACGAUAAAGGGCGGAGGAAGUGAGCUCAGCUUGAGCCAAUGCAGCAGCAGAUUCGGCAGCCUGACCUAGUGGAGGGAAGCCUUCCGGUGUUUGUGUUCCCCACUGAGCUGGUGUUCUAUGCAGGUGAGCAGGCUUCACAUAAGCAGGUGCUCACCCUCUACAACCCUUAUGAGUUUGCUCUUAAAUUCAAAGUUCUGUGUACAGCGCCAAACAAAUAUGCAGUGGUGGAUGCCACUGGUGCUGUUAAACCACAAUGUUGUGUGGAUAUCGUGAUCCGCCAUAGGGAUGUGCAGGCUUGCCAUUAUGGAGUGAUUGAUAAGUUCCGGCUGCAGGUGUCUGAGCAGAGCCAGAGAAAGGCACUGGGUGGCAAGGAAGUAAUGGCAACUCUGCUGCCCUCUGCUGCUCAGGAGCAGCCCCGGGUCCGGCCCCAGGAAGAGGAGCACAGGAUGAAGAAGCAGCUUGCGGACAGAGUGUUCUUUGAGCAGACUGCAUUCCAGACAGAGAGCCAUACAGCAUCUGGGGGCCCCAGCCUCCUAACCGUCCUUUUAGGCCUGGUGUGUAUAGCAGCCCUUAUGCUCCCAACUCUGGGAGAGCAGGAAUCCACAGUGCCUGUCUACCUCCACUUAAGUGUUAACAAGAAACUUGUAGCUGCUUAUGUUUUAGGUCUUCUUACAAUGGUUGUUCUACGCAAUUGAAUUGCUCUUUGAAAUUACAUUGCUGAAGGAGAAUGGAACUAAGAAGAUGAAGAGGGGAGAUAUGGACCCCAGGGGGAGAUGUGUCUAAGAAACUCCCUCUAAACAGGAACUAAUUUC